GGUAUUGGCAGGGACAACUGGAAUGGAGCAAUUAAUAGGUACAACAUAUAAAGGAGAGGUGGCAGUGAUGGACAGGAUUUGGUAGAGGUGAGAAUAGAGGCAGUGAUGGGAAUGAGGUGGCAGUAUCUCCUGCAGUCAGUUUAUGCCACUUUAGCAUCUGCCCCCCACCAGGAUUUAUAACUCUUCUAAAAUUCACUUGGGCAAAUUCUACAGGGCACAGUUUCCACAUGUUGCUACAGAUUAAUUAACGUUAUACAUUCUUUAGACAGCAUGGUUGGUAUAUUUGUGUUGUGAGCAGCCUGAGUUAUCUUAAUAAGAGGCUUCCAUUUUUUCUCUUUCGUUUGAUCUCUUGCAAAAAAAGUAUUGCUUGUGUUACCAUGGUUACGUCUAAUUUUGUGGGUUUGUAUUUCCCUUGGCCUGUGUACUCUGCUGGCAGCCGCAGGGAGUGCUGUAACUCCUCUCUGGGUUUCAUCAUCUUGUUUGGUGGUCACGUUAGUUGCCGGCUUAGUGUAAGCUCUGAGUGCCGUGCAGGCAGCCUGGCAGCAUCAGCAGUAGGGCUCAUAUUGGAACUAAACUGCGCUCUGCCCAAAACAGCUAUUUUAGCAAAGAUUUCCAACUUGAAAAAAAGUACGAAAAUGUUGCAUCGGGCUGCUCUGAGUUCCUGCGUGGGCACCUCUGCCAGAUGCCUCCUUGCACGGGUACGAAGCACGGCUUCUUCCAACUUGUUACAUUUCCCUGGCUCUACUCAUCAGACAGCCCGUCAUUGGAGCAAUAUCCCUUUCAUCACGGUGCCACAUAUGCGCUCUCAUGGGAAGCCAUUUGCCCACCGCAGUGAGCUAAAGCAUGCCAAGCGAAUCGUCGUGAAGCUGGGAAGCGCAGUAGUGACAAGAGGGGAUGAGUGCGGCUUAGCUCUUGGGAGGCUGGCUUCUAUUGUAGAACAGGUGUCUGUGCUGCAGAACCAGGGCAGAGAGAUGAUGAUCGUUACCAGUGGUGCUGUGGCAUUUGGAAAGCAACGCCUGCGCCAUGAAAUCCUCUUGUCACAGAGUGUGCGCCAAGCCUUGCACUCAGGGCAGAACCAGCUGAAAGAUAUGCAAGUUCCAGUGUUGGAAGCCCGUGCUUGUGCCGCGGCCGGCCAGAGUGGACUCAUGGCGCUAUAUGAAGCAAUGUUUACACAGUACAGUAUUUGUGCUGCUCAGAUUUUAGUAACAAACCUCGAUUUCCACGAUGAGCAAAAACGGAGGAAUUUAAACGGCACUUUACACGAGCUGCUUCGAAUGAACAUUGUUCCCAUCAUAAACACCAAUGACGCAGUGGUUCCUCCUCCAGAACCCAAUAGUGAUCUGCAGGGGGUAAAUGUAAUCAGCAUUAAGGACAAUGAUAGUCUGGCUGCUCGACUGGCUGUUGAAAUGAAAGCUGACCUGAUAAUCGUGUUGUCUGAUGUAGAAGGACUGUUUGACAGUCCACCGGGGUCAGAUGACGCUAAACUCAUAGACAUCUUUUAUCCUGGAGACCAGCAGUCGGUGACCUUUGGAACCAAAUCUCGAGUUGGUAUGGGAGGCAUGGAGGCAAAGCCCUACAAGGCUCGAGCUUCAGCCCUCUGCUCUUCUAUCUCUUCACCUCCUUUCUCGGUGAAAGCAGCUUUAUGGGCGCUACAAGGCGGUACCUCUGUUGUUAUUGCGAAUGGCACUCACCCAAAGAUCUCAGGUCAUGUGAUCACUGAUAUUGUGGAGGGGAAGAAAGUUGGGACCUUUUUUUCAGAAGUGAAACCAGCAGGUCCCACUGUGGAACAGCAGGCAGAGAUGGCACGGACAGGUGGUAGGAGCUUGGCAACCUUGCUACCUGAGCAGAGAGCUGAAAUCAUUUUUCACUUGGCUGACCUACUGACUGACCACAGAGAGGAGAUUCUGUCUGCUAACAAGAAGGACAUGGACGAGGCAGAAGAUAAAGGAAGAUUGGCUGCUCCUUUGCUGAAACGGUUAAGCUUAUCCACAGCGAAGCUAAACAGUCUGUCCAUCGGGCUUCGGCAGAUCGCUGCCUCUUCACAAGAUAGUGUAGGCCGAGUGCUGCGCAGAACACGCAUUGCCAAGGAUCUGGAACUGGAGGAAGUGACCGUACCUAUUGGAGUCCUUCUAGUUAUCUUUGAGUCCAGACCAGACUGCCUUCCUCAGGUUUCUGCACUGGCCAUUGCAAGUGGGAAUGGUUUGCUUCUGAAAGGAGGAAAGGAGGCCGCCAACACCAACCAGAUACUCUACCGACUGACUCAGGAAGCAUUGUCUCUUCAUGGAGUCAGGGACGCUGUGCAGUUGGUGAACACCAGAGAAGAAGUUGAAGACCUCUGUCGUUUAAACAAACUUAUUGAUCUGAUCAUACCACGUGGUUCCUCACAAUUGGUCAGGGACAUUCAGAAAGCAGCCAAGGGUAUUCCCGUGAUGGGGCACAGUGAAGGAAUAUGCCACGUGUAUGUGGAUUCUGAUGCAAGUGUUGACAAAGUCACAAGAAUCGUGCGGGACUCCAAGUGUGAAUAUCCAGCUGCUUGCAAUGCAAUGGAAACACUGCUCAUCCAUAGAGAUAUACUGAGAACCCCACUGUUUGACCAGAUCAUUGACAUGCUGAGGGUUGAACAGGUUAAAAUCCAUGCCGGUCCAAGGUUUGCCUCCUACCUGACCUUCAGCCCCUCAGAAGUGAAAUCUCUGCGGACAGAAUAUGGUGACUUGGAGUGUUGCCUUGAAGUUGUGGAUGGAGUUCAGGAUGCAAUUGAGCAUAUUCACAAGUAUGGAAGUUCCCACACGGAUGCUAUUAUCACAGAGAAUGAACAAACAGCGGAGUAUUUUCUGCAGCACGUGGAUAGCGCUUGUGUGUUCUGGAAUACCAGCACUCGAUUUUCUGAUGGAUACCGAUUUGGACUUGGAGCGGAGGUGGGAAUCAGCACAGCCAGGAUCCAUGCCCGAGGGCCUGUGGGGAUAGAGGGAUUGCUUACUACAAAAUGGAUACUGAGAGGAGAAAAUCACGUUGUGUCUGACUUUUCAGAACAAGGGAGCAAGAAAUAUCUACAUGAAAAGCUCCCUGUGCCACAAACCAGUUCUAGCUAAAACCAACAUGAUCCAGGUUCCACUUUACCUUUGAUGCUAUGUAGAAAUGGCAGUAUUCAGCAAGGGUGGCUGCUGCAGUGCCUAGAAUGUGUCGGGUUCUAGUUAAUAGCGCAAAAGCUCGUAUUUCAAUAGGACAAGAAAAUGUUUAACACACCAAAACUUUCUUCAAACACAAAAUGCACUCCAACCUUAAUAGCCCUUAUAAGCCAAAUGAAACAGUCCUAUGGUGCCAUUGUUGAAAUGUUCACCUAAAGAAGCAAAUGGCACUUCAAAUAAAAGUAUUGUAGUUUCCUAUAUUUUUUUAGUAAAUACUUUUGCAUUUAACAUGUAUAAAGCCCUGAUAAUCCUAAUAGUCUGUAACAGAAAAUGGAAUAUCCCAGACACAUUACAUCGUCAGUCCUGCACUUAUAAAUCCAUUUUAAUGCUGGCAAUGGAGGAUUAUCUUCUCUAACCUGUCUUUUUUUAUACUGGAAGAAGAAUGGGCUUGUUGCUUCUAUACAAAAUAAUUUUUUUGCUCCUAAGGAUUGAAGUAUUUUUGUACAUUUUUUUUAAUGUUGAAAUGCAUGUAAUAAGGCUUUCCCUUCUGAAAAGUUGACUACAUGUAAUUAUUAAAUGUUUUUCCGGUCAAUAAAUUUGUGAAACCUA